UCUCUCUCUCUCUCUCUCUCUCUCUCUCACAGCUUGUGCAAUGAGGUCUGUCUGGUACACAAUAAGAAACCUAAUACCUAGGAACGGAAUGAAAAGGAAGGAGUUUCCUUAAGAAGAAGGAGGAGGGGGGGGGAUAGAGAGAGAAACCAUUCAUUGUACUACAAAAGAUUCACAGCACAAGAAAGGGAAUCCUAUGUUAGCCUAGGAGAAUUGGAAUAACUGAUCAGGAGAAAUUUUUUCAAUCUCGAAGCGAGGAAAAAGGAAAAAAUAAGAGCUAUGGGAAGAGGGAGAGUGGAGCUGAGGAGGAUCGAGAACAAGAUAAAUCGGCAAGUGACGUUCGCCAAGCGGAAGAACGGGCUACUCAAGAAGGCUUAUGAGCUCUCGUUGCUCUGCGACGCCGAGGUCGCUCUCAUCAUCUUCUCCAGCCGCGGCAAGCUCCAUGAAUUCUGCAGCGGCUCAAGCAUGGCUGCGACCAUCGAGAAGUACCAAAGAUGCACUUACGAUGUCCUGGAAAUGGAAGCUACCCAAGAUCCGAAUAAGAUUCAGAACCGUUACCAAGAAUACGUUGAACUGAAGACUCAAGUUGAAUCUCUACAAGGUACACAAAGGAAUCUUCUAGGGGAAGACCUAGCGGAACUAAACAUGGAGGAUCUGGACCAGCUGGAGAAUAAGCUUGACAAGUCACUAAGGCAAGUCAGGUCUUCCAAGCAGACUAAGUUCAUGCUCGGUCAACUGGAUGAACUUCGCAAAAAGGAGGACAAGCUACUUGAGACCAACAAUGCCCUAAAAAGAAAGAUAGAGGAAAUUGAUGCCGAGCUUCAAUUGUCGUGGAACACGAAUGCAGGAGAUCAAAACGUGAUUUACAACAAUCAAGUUGCUCAGUUGCAGUAUAACUUUGGACCCCUCAACUAUAAUGAUGCAUCGCAGAUCAGCUUCAAUCCCAUGUCUACCGAGCAGCGGAACAACUUGGCAAGCUCAGCUCAAACUGGUACUAAUCGGUACAUCCCUGGAUGGAUGGUUUGAUUUGAUAAUAAUCGCUUCUAUACUCAUGACCAACCAGUGUGUUCACAAAAUAUAAGCAUUGGCAUGCUCGUGGAGGAGAUUAAUAAGUCUGGUAUUGUAGAUGGCCCUCUAAUUGCCUUUCAAACAAGGAGCAAUUUACAAAAUGAAUGGCUUACUGUAUAUGUUGUCGUACCGAUGUAAUAGUCCUGCUGCGCCAGAUUGGAAAUGAGUUGGUGGUUGCCAAUAAGAGCUUCGGAGGACUUAGUUGUUUUGUGUUUGCUGUGUUUGGAAUUCCGAAUGGUCUGUAAAGUGAUGGCAUCGUGCAGAACGUGAUCAAACUGAUUAUGUUUAUCUGAUGA